UGUCAUUUCGCGUCCUAUCUUUUUUCGAUUUUCAAUAUUUCCCUUCUCGUGAUUUUCUUUCUUUCGUCGUCCUCCUGCUCUGACGCUCCCCAGUCACUCACAGAGGCAGAAGGAGAGGGGGGGAGAGAGAGAGAGAGAGAGAGAAGAAAACACGAUACUCGACGGAACUAUCGAGAAGAAACCCUAACGAAGCUGCAUUUUGAUGGAGAGUGUAGCGCAUUCUCGGCAGCCAAACAAGGUGUCUGCUGCGUUUUCCAAGAAAAGCAAUGGCAAUCAUGGUGGCUUGCCUGCUAAAGGUAUGUACGACGACGUCUACGGAGGUCCUCCCAAGUUCGGAGUUAACAGCCUCUCCCCUCGUUUCGAAGACUACGGUGAGAUUUUCGGAAGUUUUCACACUGCACGCACGUCUUCUAUACCGAUUCUGGAUCUUCCGCUGGUUGAUGAAAACGAGGUAUUCUUCGAUGUCCGCAGCACCGCCUUCGACUACGGUGAAGUUUUUGGAGGUUUCAACGGUCUGGAUUUUGCGGUCUCCUACGAGGACCUAUUUCACCAGCCCAACGGUCGGGAUGGUGUUUCCUCUGAAGAAGCCUGGACUCCGGAAGAAACUGAUUCAAUUUCGGGAGAGUCAGAUCAUUCUGGAAAUAAUCAGAGCAUAUCAAGGGGAGAUGGUUACCACUCUGUUGAUGGUGAUGCAGAGUUCAACAUUUCUUACCAUAGGGUUGAUGGAACGGGUGAUGGAGGUAUUUUGAAGAGGAAAACACACAUCACUGAGCUGCAACCUGUUCAUGGAUUCACUGUAGUGUUUAAUGAAGCUACCUCUAUGCAUAGCAUUGAUCCUUCUAUGCAAUUCCCUGAUGAUAUAAAUCUUGAUGUAGACCUUACCACUGGAAAGGACAGGGAAAACCAUCUUGGGAAAACAAUUCCACACCCACCUAAUCGUAUUUCUGGCAGACAGACUUUUGUUGAUGAUCUUACAUUGCAUAAUGAACAUGGUGGAAGUGGCUCUCUUUCCAGGGAGACAUUCAUAACUGUAUCUGACAUUAACCUUAGGACUCAGCCCUCUCAAGUGCCACCCCCUUCUCGGCCACCACCCUUACUAGAUGCGAAGAAAGGGGACAUUUGUGAUUUUCAUUUGAACUCUGAGCAGGUUGCCCCUGGAGGGAUUCCAGGUGACAGCUCACCGCCUUUCUUUGAUGUAGAAGUUGAUAUGAAUUCAUCUGCAGUAGCUUCCGCUGCUACUAUGAAAGAAGCAGUGCAUAGAGUUGAAGCAAAACUUAGAAGUGCCAAAGAAUUGAAGGAGAGAAAGAAGGGGGAUUUUGAACGCUGUGUCAAAACUAGUUAUGGUGUGAAAAACAAUGAAGGAAGCAGGAAUAUGGGUAGAUCGAGUAGUUUGAAAGAUGAGAGGAUACAGGGAACUUCUGAAAGGAGACAUAGCAAAAUGAAGAUUCCUGUCACAGAUGAAAGGCAGAAAACUAUGAAAGUUUUCGUUGAAACUCCAGAUUCAUUGGUAAAGGAUAGAACUCUGCAUAAGUCUGAAAAAUCUAUGGAGGAAAAGCACAUUAAUGGAUCCAGAUCAUCUCAAGAGUCUGAUAGAAGUACUGGAGCUGGAACAUGGAAGGAAGAAACUGACUUUUUUGAGUUGGUGGGCAAAGAAGAAUCUCCCUAUGUUUUUCAGUCGGUAAAUCAUUCCAAGAGUUUAGCACAAGAUGUUAGAAUCCGUCAGCAUGAAUGGGAGGCUAACCUGCAAGAUGAGAGUAAAAUGGUAAAAGCAAUUGAAGAGAAAUCUCAGCUUGAUGAAUACAAGAAAAAGUUUAAAGCUGCAAAAGAGGCUUAUGAACUUGAUAAAAUUGUUAGGUCUAAAGCUUCUCUUGAAGAUCGCAAGCAAAAAGAGUGCAUGAGGAAGGGGAAAGUGAGAAAGUUCUCUGAGCAGGAGGAGAAUGAAAAUGUAAGAAUCACUCACCAGCAUGGAAAAACUGAAAAGAAAUUAACUGAUGUUGAUCAACCAAGAAACUCAGAGUAUACGUCUCAGGCUCAGCAUAGGGAAGUCCAACAAGUGAAAGGUGAGAAGUCAAAAGAGGUUGAUAGAUUUGAUGAGGUUCGUCAGGUUAUGAGACUUGAGGAAAAUGAGAAGAAAUUACAAGAGGUGGACAAACAAAGGGAUAAUGUCAAGAAGCACAAGCAGACUGGGAAAAUGAAGGAAAAUUGUGGAAGAGAAAGAAAAGCUUUUGUUCUUGGGAAAGAAGAGGGUGACAAAAAACAGAUCAAGUCUAUGGAGAUGGAAGAGAAUGAUGGAGAAUUAAAUGACACUGUUGUUGAGGAUAUAAGGAGAAAAGAGUCUUCUCAAAGAGAAAAUGAGAAGAGUUUAAAGCAAACUGAACUGGUUCAGCAUAAGGAACAAAAAAAGGCUCAUGAAAGAGAAGAAAAUGAGAAUAUCUUAAAAGAUGCUUCUAGAAAAGAAGGUGAAGAGGGCCCAAAACAGGCACUUGAUGAAAAUAAUGGAAAAGAACUGGAAGAGGCCUCUGAUCUAGAACUGAAUGAGAUAAGGCUGGAAGAGACUGUGGAGCAGGGAAAAGAUGACAAGAGAGUGAAGGAAUCAUAUGAAAGAAUUCGCAAUAAAAAGACAUUUGUAGAGGCAUGUGAGGCUUGUGAUGGAUGUGAAAUUGAAAGCGGACUUAAAGAAGCAGAUGACAUCAAAGGCGUUCAAAAUGUUCUGAAUCAAGGUGUAGAGCAAGAUAUGAACGGUAGAAUAUUGAAAGAGGCCCAGAGGAAAGAAGAAAUUGAGAGUCCAUCAAACUGGGAGUUCAACAGGGAAGGAAGUGGAGCCAUAUCAAACGAGGAUAGCCAUCAGGAGCAUUCUAAGAGAGUGCUUAAGAGUUUGGAUGGGGAAGAAAGAGAUAAGGAAUUGGGCAAAAGUUUGGAGCAACCAGAGGGGAAUGAAGAUGGGGAAAUAAUGAAGUUUGCUGAAGAAAUUGAUGAGAUAUUGAAAACAGGGUGUGAUCCAAAUCAUCUUGCAGCUCAAUCAGCUUCCAAUCAUGAAGAAAGUAUUCAACAACUGGAGGAAUUGCAGCAAUGCCUUGCUGGCCAUGUAAUUGGGAGGACAGAAACUGAAUGCAAAGUUAGUGAAAAGAAAUUUGAAGAGGUAAGAAUGGAAAAUCUAAUGGCUAAUAAAAAGAGUAUAGAACCUGAAAUGAGCCCUGGGGAUGCUGAGCACAUAGGGACCCAAUCAGGAAAAGUGGAUGACUGUAUGACGAAUGAUGAUGACAAUGACUUUGGUAGUCAAGAAACAGGUGUAGAGAAAAUUAAAACAGCCCCCGACCAAGAUAUUAAUCCCAGAAAUCUGGACAGGAAAUUUGGUCAUGAAUCGAAUGAGAGAAGAAAGAACAAGCAGCAUGUAAAAAUUGCCCUGGACCAGGAAGAAAGCAACGACAAAGUGUCAUCAAGUUAUCCGAACCUGUGGGAUCGAGAAGGAAGGGACUCAGAAGCAGCUAAAUCUGCUAUAAUGCUUGAGGUGGGAAAUGAGAAAAGUACCUCACAGUUUCAUGUAGGUCAAUCCGCAGAAAGAAAGGAGAAUACCAAUGAAACUCUGGUAUCAGAAGAGAGAGAUGCUGAAAGGAUGAGAAGAGAAAAAGAAUUGGAGAAAGAAUGUCUUAGAAAGAUAGACGAGGAAAGGCAGAGAGAAAGGGAAAGAGAAAAGGACAGAAUGGCUGUUGAUAAAGCAAUGCUAGAGGCUGAGAGGGAGAGGGAAAGAGAAAAGGAUAGGAUGGCUGUUGAUAGAGCAACUCUUCAGGCUCCUGACAGAGCAAUUGCUGAAGCUCGUGAGAAAGCAGAAAGGGCGGCAUUUGAGAGAGCAUCUGCUGAAGCUAGACAAAGAGCCCUGACUGAGGCCCGUGAAAGACUUGAGAAGGCUUGUGCUGAUGCCAGGGAUAACAAGGCAAAUACAGAGGCCAGAUUGAAAGCAGAACGUGCAGCUGUAGAAAGAGCAACUGCAGAGGCUCGAGAGCGUGCCAUGGAAAAAGCCAAGGCUGAGAGAGCUGCUUUUGAGUCCAGGGAAAGGUUAGAGAGAUCUGUAUCUGACAACUUUGCCACUUCUUUCAGAAGUGGUGGGAGACAAGGGUUUUCAUCUUCUGAUAUGCAAGACUCCCAGUUUCAGAAUUUCAGUUCUUCUGCUGGUUCCAGACAUCCAUAUUCUUCAGUGCAUGCUUGCUCUUUUUCUGAAAGAUCUGAAGGAGGAGAAGGAGAAUCGGCGGAGAGGUGUAGAGCUAGACUGGAGAGAUAUCGUCGCACAGCUGAACGUGCAGCAAGAGCUUUGGAAGAAAAGAACAUGCGCGACCUUCUGGCUCAGAAGGAGCAGGCUGAGAGAAACAGAUUAGCAGAGACUCUGGAUGCUGAGGUUAGAAGGUGGUCAAGUGGGAAAGAAGGAAAUUUACGUGCCCUGCUAUCAACCUUGCAAUAUAUUCUUGGGCCUGAUAGUGGAUGGCAGCCUAUUCCAUUGACGGAGGUCAUUACAUCUGCUGCUGUAAAGAAGGCAUACAGGAAGGCCACCUUGUGUGUUCAUCCUGACAAAUUACAGCAGCGUGGAGCAAGUAUUCAACACAAAUAUAUAUGUGAAAAGGUCUUUGAUCUUCUUAAGGAAGCUUGGAACAAAUUCAAUUCUGAAGAGCGAUAGCAUGGCAUGUGUUGUGUUGCUGAAUAAACUUGCAUGUAGCCUCGCUACAUGCGAGUUUGAGCUUCGCUUCUGAUGGUUUUCUACUCGCUGUCAGGCUUGCCCUGUUCCUCAACGCAAAUCUCGGCAAUUAUUCGUCAGUUACGAUCACGUUCCUUUUUUUUUUUUUUGGAUAAAUAGUUACGAUCACGUUCGGUAAUAUAUAGUCUUCAAUAUUUGUAUGUAAAGGGGAGAAAAGGCCAGCACACAUGCGGCAUUGGCAUUUAAUUUCUGCAAUUCAAAGGCAAUAGUUAGAUGACAAAUAUGAAAUCUAGAUCUCUAAAUUUCUUGUAAUUUUGGUGUAAAUUUAGAAGAGAAAUGAAGAAAUUGCUCGGAAAAGCAAAAAUCAUUUUAUA